AUGAGAAGAUCAUCAAGGAUAAAUGUGAAGAGUAAAGAAGAAGAUGAUUCACAACCGAUUGAUGAAAAUGUAGCCCGCAAAAGGAAGAGAGUGAACAAGAAGUUAUUGGUUAAAGAACAUCUGCGGGUUGAACCGCAAGAAGAUGUACAAAGCGAAAGGAAGAGAAUAAACAAAAAAUUAUUGAAAGAAAGAGUAACAAAGCAGAAACAUGAUAAACCGGCAAAAGAGAUACAAGAAAAUUCAGAAGAAGAAGAAUCACAAAACAUUGAUAAAGAUACACCAACAAAGAGAAAGAGAGAUAACAAGAAGAAGAAGCAAAAUGAAGAGGAACCAUCACGCAAAAAAACAAGAAGAAGAUAA